AUGUUUGAUGUUGGCGUUGCGGAACUGAUUCAAGGCCCCGAAAUCGACCGCCCACGCAACGCCAUGACGCUUACGAAUUAUCAGCAUCAGCUAUUUGGCGAUUUUCAGGUGUACUUUGAACCCGUUUCUGGCAGGUAUCACACGUACACGAUCAAAACACUGUAUCCCGAGUACCUCGUCCCCCGAGCAGUAUUUCCGAUUACACGUGAACUUUAUCUCACUCCCGAGCGGACAAUCGAGCCCCCUUCACCUCGACUGCUGGCUAUCCAUCGUGCUAUUGCACAUAUCCUCCACCUGUCAGCAGCCGGGGAUUAUAUCGACAAGAUAUAUCGCGACCUGGAAGAAAGGGGGGUGCAGGCGGAUGGGUCUACCCCGCUAGACCGCUUCGUAUCCCUUGCCAUCGGAGUGAGAUCAAUCGCUACGGACAAUGAUAUAUUUGCAGAGGAUUUCAAAUCACCACUAGGAAUCGGUGUGGCAAGUUAG